GUAUACUACUUGAUCUGUGAAUAGAAUCAAUGUGUGAAAAUUGAAAAUUAAAUAUGUUAGCAAGGAAUAUCUAAGAAAUAUUUUCGAUUUCAUUGGUUUUCGUUAAUUGAAAUUGUAUAAAACUUUGAUAUAUGUUUCUACUGAUCUUUAGUAUGUACACAGAGGAGUAAUUAUCUAAUUAACAGCAGUAGGAUGUAAAAUUUCUUUAAUAAUAUUCUGUGAUCGUGAUUCGAGAAUACUCAUGAUAGGGUUUUUUAAGUGUCGCAGUAAAUUAGACACUUUAAUACUGGUGAUGUUGUUUUAAGUAAUUCUUCAGAGAGACACAGCACAUAAACAAUUAUUGGACUGGUUCAUCGGUUUAUGGGGCCUCUAACAUGGAGACAAUAUCAAACACAUCACAAGGAGACAGCAGUGUAAAAAGUGAUGACAGUAGUCCCCAGCAUGAGAGUGGGAGAAGUUCACCUCCUCCAAACUGUGCAAUAUGUCUGGGAACAUGUAAAAAUAAAUCUUUUACAGACUCCUGUCUCCACCAGUUUUGCUUUAGAUGUAUCUUGAAGUGGAGUAAGGUCAAGGCAGAAUGUCCACUGUGUAAACAAAUUUUUAAAUCAAUCAUUCAUAAUGUACGGUCUAAUCAUCAGUAUGAAGAGUACAUGGUUGAACAAAGAAAUCAAGUGGAGGAUAUUGAGAGAAUUGAACUUGACAAUUUAACAAAUGCCACACAGAGAUUCAGAUACAGGACAACAUUAACAUUGCCGUAUCGAGAUUCAUGGGCCCUAGAACAGAUUUUGUCAAAUUACCGGACAGCAGCUCGUCGCCCACCACCGGCUCACAGACGCCGUCCACCUUCCUAUUUUCGUCGAACUGUAUAUCGUCACAACCUCUGGGCUCGACCUCUCCCAGACUUCACAGGCAGAUACCGAGACUGUGCCCCGGAAUUCUAUAGGUGUAAUGACUCUCAAAUGCACCGUUUAGUGCCUUGGUUAAGUAGAGAACUCCAUUACUUACUAAAUGAAAAUGUCGGGCAUAUAUCCUAUGUGAUGACUCAAAUAAUGGAUUUGCUUCCCCGAUAUCAUAUUAAUUCCACAGAAUUCCGAGAGGCGUUGCAAAGGUAUUUCGGGGAAAGGACAGAGCACUUUUUACACGAGUUAUAUUGUUUUGCAUCGACACCUUAUGAUAUGGCAGGAUACGACAGGAACGUUCAAUACACAACUGAUACGCGAGUAUCGACGAUAGUCAACGAGGUGAUUUCGAGUUCUGAUAAUGAUUCCAGCCUCGAUUCGGAGGUAAAUAUAGAUAAUUAUUUACGUGAUUUCCAACUUGACGCGCCACCUGGACCGUCUCGAGGGCCGGCACCGGUGUACCCCCAACCCAAUAUUUCAAAUCCAUCGACGAACGAUGUAAUUCCAAUAGAGACUAUAUCACAUUCUGAUUCUGACGACAACUCUGAAGUAAUGGUGGUGGGAUAUAUUAAGCCCCCUCAUGCGCGCACUCCGGAAGUGGUAGAUCUGCUAGAGUCGGAUAGCGACGUCGUCAUCGAAGAAGACGCUCAACCGCCGCGGCCUAUAAUGCUGCCGCAGACGAGUCAGGCUCGAGAAAGCAGGCCAGUGCCCUUGGUCAAACUCACUUUGAAACAACACCAUCCGCCCUCCACGACUGCACCCUCUCUCUGCCCCUCCGCCCAGCGAACCAGCGCGCCUUCCGACUCUGACGAUAGCACUUACACGCCGCCCCUAUCUCAAUGGUCAACUUAUCCAUCUCACAGUUCCGACAGCUCUUCAGUUAGUGGAACUUCUACGUCAUCUGAAUCAGAUUUAAUUUCAAGACGUUCCUCAUCCUCAACCGAUGUUAUUUCAUAUUAUAGUGAUUCAAGUAGUGACUCUUAUAAACCGCGUCCGCUAAAAUCUAGAAAAAAGAAGACCAAACGAAAAUCAAGUAAAAGUGAUAGAACAAAAAAAAAGACCAAGAGAAUAAAAAAAGAAAAAAAGUCAAAAACCAAAACUGCAGAAACUAAACAAAGUAAUCGUAAAUCGUAUUCUGGUAAAGGUGUAAAAUCAUCCAAAAGUGCCGAAGCAACGGCGAGUACGAGUUCAGGAAAGUCCCAAACUUCUACAGAUCAACCUAGCACUAGUGGAACACAGAAUAGCCGUAAGAGUAGCAAAAGAAAAGCAGAAGGCAGAAUUAGUUGUGAGAGCAAAAGACUGAAAAGUGCCGUUUCUGUUGUUAGUAAUCAAAGGCAUUUAAGAAGUUCCACUUGCAGUGAAGCGUCAAGUCACGCAAACAGUUCCAAGUCUUUUACUGAUGGCAAUUCAAGCAAAGAAAAAAGCACUGAUCGAGGCCCUAAUACAAUUGUUAAUAAAAAUUCCGAUGUAUCUGAUACUGAGUUAAACGUGCCACGUAAUAUUACUGACAGUUUUUAGUACAAUAUUUAAAAACUAGCAUUACUGUGAUAACUAGGAUUUUGGGAGCUGGUGGUGGCCAUGUCUGCUAGAGCCUCCUCUACACAAAUGUAAUGUAUAUAGCCAUUGUAACUUGAGUACUAAGUUAGCAUUUAGUAGUUUUUUGUAUCGCGGGUAUUUAGAUUGUCUCACCAGAGUAUUUCUUAUGUAAGACGGGAAAAAAUAAUGCAUUGUAAAAAAAUUAUAAAAAUUCCUUCAGUUUUU